AUGGGAAAAAAAAGGGGUUCCCCAAUGAACGUUGUGUUUGGAUGGUUGAGGAAUCUAUCUAUGAAAGUGAAGAUCAUUUUGGGGGCAUUGCUUGCUGUUUGUGCUUUUGCGGCUCUAAAGUCUAUUGUCAAAGAACACCACUAUUUGUUCAUAGCCUCUGAAGCAAUUCAUCUUGCUGGGAUUAUUGCCCUCAUAUACAAGCUCUUUGCCCAGAAGACCUGCUCUGGUUUAUCACUUAAGACCCAAGAGCUCACUGCUUUAUUCUUAAUAGCAAGAUUAAUUUGUAGCACCUUCAUAGAGGGUUACAUCAUCACCGUGCUAGAUCUUAUAUCUUUUUUAUCAACAUUACUUGUUAUAUGGAUGAUAAGAUACAAGUUGAAGUCAUCCUAUAUCAAAGAGCUUGACAACCUACGACUAUCCAUUGUGGUGGUGCCUUGUGCAGUUCUUGCGGUACUAAUUCACCCUAAUACAAGUCAUUCGCGCUUUGCUGGAGUCCUUUGGUCAUUCUGUUUAUACUUGGAAGCUGUUUCAGUUCUCCCUCAACUUCGUUUUAUGCAGAAUGCAAAGAUGAUUGAAACAUUUACAGGAUAUUAUGUAUUCGCUCUCGGUGCUUCAAGAUUCAUAGCACUGGCUCUAUGGAUUAUUCUGAUUUUUGAGACUCGAGGGCAUCAUCUAUUUUUGGCUGGGAGUGGCUAUUUCUGGUUCUUGGCAGCUUUUCUAGCAGAGAUGGUUCAAUCGUUCAUCUUGGCUGAUUUCUGUUACUAUUACAUGAAGAGCUUCAUACACGGGCAACUUUUGAGGAAGAUGCCUGUUUAA